AUGGUUUACUAUCCAUUUGAUGAUCAGGUUGCACAGAGAACUCAAAAUGAUUUUGUAACUGCAGCACAACUAGCAGCUUCCAGUACAGUUCCAGGUCAUGUUGCAAUUGUUCAAGGUAUCAAAGGGUUGUCACCGUUACUUAAUCUUUAUAAAAACGUACAAGAAUCAGCGUUAUUCGAUUAUAUGCAUGCAGUAUGUGGCGGUUCGGGACACACUGGUCAUCUUAUCAGAAAAUGGUUGGUUCACGUUAAAUUAGAUACAGCAAUGUCUAUGAGUGACUUCGUUGUAAACACAUUGGUACCACAUGAUACUAAAGUUACGUUAAAACCAUUUUCGGACUACGACU